GAUCUAGCACAGCGGGGACACACUGCCAUUCCAAUGAAAGUUUUAGAUAAGACAUAUCUCUAUAAUGAGCUAUUAUGUUAAUAGACUAACAUUGGCAACAUCACUGGGCUCCCCCAGAUUCGCCGACGACCCGCAGUGACUGCUCCCAGUGAGAGGAAAACAUUGAGCGAGAUGAAUGAACUUCCCCCCCGCCUCCCUCUUCUCCGCAUGUGGUACAGAACACAGUCUGCUCUCCAAACAGUGAUAGUGAAGGAGAGCGAGGGAAACUUUGAAAACGUUUGUGUGUGUAAUGUUAGCUGUUGAUUUCUGAUAGCUUAAUUUCACCUUUGUUGAAUGUUUUUCACGUUUUGGCAAUGUUUCCCAUGCAAAUAAAGUAAUUGUGAACAGAGAGAAGGCCGUUUAAUUAAGGCGGAAAGGGCACAGACCUACCCAGUUCCCACUUUAGGAAGAGGAUUAGUGGAAUAAAAACGGCUCGCAUAAAGCUCCGUAAGGAAGAGUUUACACUUUCCGAAAGGAGGGGAGAGGGAGCGAAUAGGGAACCUAAAAGGGCUGUCCAACGUCAGCAUCAACAAUCUAUACCCGGGAAUUGAAGGAGUGAAUAGAGCAGAGGACAGUCGUUGUGGAUACUGCCGCCGCUCUGUUAAAAACAUUCCAGCAGCUCAAUCAUUCCUUUAUCGCGUUGCAGUUUUGCGUAAAACCGCAUUCCUUCUGACUGACACUAGCAUAUAGAGGGUUAGCUCACAGGUUGCAUAAGUCGUAUUAUUAUUGAACAAUACGGGAACAGUGAAAAGAACAGAGAAGGAUAAUAUCUGUAGAGAAGAGGCAACACUAGGUUACAGUUUUCUUUGUUGAGUUCCUCUGCAAAACUAAAGGCUAAAAGAUGUCUAAACCAAAUUACACAGGAACCUUUCACAUGGUGUCUCAAGAUAACUUCGAGAACUACCUCGCAGCUUUGGAGCCGAGUGAUGGAUCAUCAUGGCGCCUUAGCCUGUAAAUGACCCUGGACACAGACAGGGAUAUUAAUUUUGCCUUGCGGAAGAUAGUGUGUAUGUUGAAGCCCACUAAACAGAUAGUCCACGACCCGGCCACGGGCAGUAUGAAGAUCCGCACACUCACCACCUUUAAGGACUUUGAUAUGGAUUUCAAACUGGGUCAGGUCUUCACCGAGGACCUGGGACCUGUGGAUGGACGAGUCUGUCAGACCACAGUGGACUGGGAGGGUGAUAAGCUGGUGUGUGUUCAGAGAGGAGAGAAGGAGGGAAGAGGAUGGACACACUGGCUGGAGGGAGACAAGCUACACUUGGAGAUGAGAGUUGGAGAUGUGGUCGCCAGGCAACUCUUCAAGAAGGCCGACUGAAACCACUGGGAAGGAUCCCGUUCAUCAACUCAAUUUUCAUGAUUCUCAUUAGAAAAGUCUAGGACUUGGUAUAUAAGUGCCAAAGUUUUUAAAAAUAUGAUCAUCAUUGUUUUAAAACCAUUACUUAAUGGACAACAUUUAACAUUUAAGAUAUGUUUAAUUAGUGUGCUAUUUCACUGUGGGAAAGAUUGUCAAUGAUCCGUUUUGAAUGUUGUCAUGGUACAGUGCAGGUGAACUGUGUAAACAUUCCCAAUGUGUUUCCUCAUAUAUCACUACGAUAGUUCCCAAUGCCAUUGAAUGUUCCCUUUUGUGUUGAGUGUGGCUGUUCUGUGUCCAAAUAUACCACCUGAUGCUCCACACUACAAAUACAGAUGUUGCCUCUUUAUGGUA